CAAACACGCCACGAUCCACGAUCACAUCUUAUCCUCACACACCGUGCCUUCAUGCUGGUCCCCGACCUGUGAUGAAUGGUAGACUUCUCUCCACGAGGGUCGCACCUUUGCUGCGCCAGCGAGGUCUGAAUCGCGCCCGACUCCUUCACAGCCAUGUCCCUAAUACCGCCGGUGGUUUAUUGAGGCCUUCUGGACGAUUAGCCCCACGAAGAUGGCCUGUCGGCUACAAUGCCAUUCACCAUGUCCCUGCCGUUCGCUCCAUCUCCUUUGUGCGCAUUCUCCCUCGGAUCGCCCUCAAGAUGGCACGGCUGCCCGCCAUGUUUGGUGCGAGCAUAGUCGCCGGAUUCGCCUACAUUCAAUAUCAGGCGGCCCAGGCAGGGACUUAUGCAAUGGAUGUGUUGAAAAGAGCCGGUGAUCAAGUCUCGGAGACUUCUUCGGCGUUGUUUGGAAAUGCAAAAGAGAUCGCAGAGCAGAUUGGUACUGGAUGGCAGCGGACGAAGGACGAUGCCCACCUGCCUGAAUGGCUUCAACAGCUUUUCGAAAAACAAGAAGGCUCGAAUGAUGGUGGUUCUGGUCCAGAGCCUCCAAAUAAAGCCAGAAUCGGAACUGCUGCUGCGGCCUCUGCCGCUGCGAUAGGAGCGGAUGAUCCAGACGAGCGAGAUGUCCGAGCACAAGCUGAGAUUGCUCGAGAUGAUCAGAUGAUGGUUCUUACCAGGAAAAUGAUUGAAAUCAGAAGCAUCCUCAACACAGUCGGCCAAGGCGGAGCUCUCACGCUACCAUCAAUUGUUGUCAUAGGAUCACAGUCUUCCGGCAAGAGUUCGGUUCUGGAAGCUAUUGUUGGACACGAAUUCCUACCCAAAGGCUCAAAUAUGGUCACCCGACGACCCAUCGAGCUGACUCUUGUCAACACACCCGAUGCCAAAGCAGAGUACGGAGAGUUCCCUGCUCUUGGGUUGGGCAAGAUAACCGAUUUUUCACAAAUUCAGCGGACUUUGACGGAUCUCAACCUGGCAGUCCCCGCCGAGCAGUGCGUCACCGAUGAUCCUAUUCAAUUAUCUAUCUAUUCUCCCAACGUGCCAGACUUAUCAAUGAUUGAUCUUCCUGGCUACAUUCAAGUUUCUGGCAAGGACCAACCACCAGAACUAAAGCAAAAGAUCGCCGACCUGUGCGACAAAUAUAUCCAGGCACCGAACGUCAUUCUUGCCAUAUCUGCGGCAGAUGUCGAUCUAGCAAAUUCAACAGCGCUGAGGUCAUCUCGGAGAGUCGACCCCAGAGGCGAAAGAACUAUUGGUGUCAUUACCAAGAUGGAUCUUGUAGACCCAACCCGCGGCCUCGAAGUCCUCACCGACCGAAAAUAUCCACUACGCCUAGGCUAUGUUGGAGUCGUUUGCAAGAUCCCGCAGACUGCGGGCCUCUUUUCGCGAGCAGGGCAGAAUGUAACAAGCGCCAUUGUCAAGAAUGAAAACGCAUAUUUCUCCUCGCAUCCCCUAGAGUUCGGACCACAAAACGAAGUUUCCGUGGGAACAACGACUCUUCGACACAAAUUGAUGCAUGUUCUCGAGCAGACCAUGGCUGCUAGCCUAGCUGGAACGAGAGAUGCCAUUAUCCAGGAGCUGGAAGAAGCCACCUACGAGUUCAAAGUUCAAUACAACGACCGACCGUUGAGCGCAGAAUCCUAUUUAGCAGAGAGUCUGGACAGCUUCAAACACUCCUUCAAAGAAUUCAGCGAACAGUUUGGUCGGCCGCAAGUUCGGGCUCUGUUGAAGGAGGUACUGGACCAGAAAGUCAUGGACCUGCUCGCCAAGAGAUAUUGGAACAAGCCAAUUGAAGACCUCUCAAAAGCUCCCUUUGAAGCCGAUCCAUUGGCCGACCUUCCAAAGGCCGAUCCAGGGUCGCUGUUCUGGCAGCGAAAACUGGAUGCAUCGACAUCCGAGCUGACGAAACUCGGGGUGGGACGGUUAGCCACCACGGUUGUCGCGUCGGAGCUUCAAAACCAUGUCAAUAAACUAAUCGAGGCUUCUACGUUUGCCUCGCAUCCAUAUGCUCAAAGAGCAAUUGUGGAUGCGUCUUCAAGCAUCUUGAACGAUCGGUUCUACUCGACUAGCGAUCAGGUGGAGAACUGUAUCAAACCGUUCAAGUUUGAGAUCGAAGUGGACAACAACGAGUGGUCCAAGGGUCGGCAGAAUAUCGGACAAGUCCUCAAAAGCGAAUUGAAGGCUUGCGAUGCCGCUCACAAAAGGCUCGAGGACGGGAUCGGAUAUCGAAAGUUGAAGGAUGUUAUGGGCUUCAUCGAUCGCGUCAGGAAAGGUGACGUCGUGCUGGAAGGUGAUGGAACGGGCGGUGCAGGUGGAUUUUCAGCUGCACUGUUACAGAAAGGACGAGAAGCAGUCUUUCUCCGAGACCGCUCCGAGCUGAUCAAAAUGCGUCUGCUCGCCGUCAAGUCGAAGCAAUGCGCCAACGUCAAGAACAAAUACUACUGUCCAGAGGUAUUCCUUGACGUCGUCGCAGACAAAUUGACCUCGACCGCAGUGUUGUUCCUCAACGUGGAACUUCUCUCCGAGUUUUACUACAACUUCCCACGAGAACUCGACAUCCGGCUAGGCCGCCAUUUGGAAGCCGCCGAGAUCGAACGAUUUGCACGCGAAGAUCCUCGAGUGCGACGACACCUGGACGUGAUUCGACGGAAAGAGAUGCUCGAGCUGGUGUUGGAGAAGAUUGAGAGUCUGAGGCAACUUGAGGGUCGGUCGAAAAUGGGAGCUAGUCAUGGAGCUGGCGGUGCGUCUGCUGCCAAAGACGGUUCCAAGGGCAGAUGGAGUUUAUUUUGAACAACGUUGUUGAGAGCGUGCCAUGUCAUAUACCACUCCGUAGCGGGCGUUUUUGGGGCGGUGGGUUUGUGGACUUGGAGGAGUCGAGUCUAAUGUGGUCGUCUUUGUCGGGAAUGAUUAUGAAUAUGCUCCCCUCGCAUCAAAUCCAUGCUCUUGACGUGGUGCGCCUGAAGUAAUUAAAUCCCCCCAGGGAACCCCCAAU